AUGGAUUCGAGCGGGGCUCUGCGACCCCUGGACGAAGCUCUACUCCGUGAACUGCCUCAACUACGUAUCGCUCCUCUUCGGGAACCAGUCUCAUCCCGCACUCUCAGUGUCCCAUCUCCUCUGGAACCAAAUGCAAAUGGCGCCAGAGAGUCCAAGAACAUAUCCAAAUCCAAUCCAACUGGUGACAAUAUCCCUACAAAUUCAAAGGCCGGCCUGCCAACGGUCACCGAGUUUCUCAAUGCUGCACGAACCGAGAAAGCUGAGUCUUCCGCAGACCAGCAGUCGAAUGUGGAGCCACUCCCUAAGCCGAUCCUACCGGCGUUUGUAAAUUUGCGCGCGCUGGAACGUUUCCCAUUCACUUCUUCCUUUGAUGAUGAUGCCCUACAUGGCCCGCGCAAGCGACGUCGUGUAGACAUCCAGCCUGAAUCAUUUAGUGAACAUUUACAGCUUCCUGUUCCACAAUCACAAAAAGAACUACGUCCUCCACCCUUUGGUCCCUUUGCUAUUUUGAAUGGAUUGAAUGAACCCCCACCAAAUGCUGCCCUCCUUCCUCCUAUCGAAGCAGGCUCUAUCACACAACUAUUAACAAAACCUUCCCGUGAACAAGCUGCGGCUGUUGACCCUGCUAGCCUAGUCUCCGCUAAUAGCGCUCUGCCCGAGGGUCAGCCUGUAGAGCGACGAGAAGGAAGAAUCGAAGAACUCCUCGGUACUACCCUUGAUGACCGCAAUGAUGAUGUACAUGAUCAUGAAGACCAACGAUUGACUGCAUCCGAAAAUCCAAUCAUUAAAUCCGCAGUGCAUGCCCAAGAGUCUUUUACGAAUGAACGAACUCCGACACCUGCCCAGGGCGGUACUGAACCCAUGUCCCCCAAAACCCGCGGUCGAUCUCGUAAGAACCUCCGAAAAUGGACAGAGGAGGAGACGACAGAUUUACUCCGGGGCGUGGUAAAGUGCGGGAUUGGUAACUGGACAGCCAUAUUGGCACAACCAGAACUCAACUUUAAUAAAAGGACGGCGUCCAACCUAAAGGAUAGGUUUCGAGUCUGUUGUCCUUGGGCAUACCGCGCAUCUGAUCCAAAUGAAGCGACCAAGCAAUUACGCGACAACCUUGCCAAUGCACUUCUAAAGGCCCAAGGCGAAGGUCCAGACGGAGGCCCUGGGAAGAUUCGUCUUCCGCUUCCUACGCCCACGAGCCUGGCAUCUGAGCCAAGCUCAGCAACUGGCAGUCCGUCCACGAGCUCGCAUAAGCCAUCGACCUCGAGCUUAUCUUCUGCCGCGACCAAUCCAGGUCUAAGCAGUCCAGCAACUCCCCAGCAGUCCCCUCAAGAAAAUGAGACACCGACAUCGUCCAACAAUUCGCGGUCGACCCUUGCGUCACUCGGCAUCCCAGAGCCUCACGUAACCAUGAAAUCGAAGCGUCGCUCACGUCGCCCAUUUACCCCGGCAGAGGACGAGGCCCUUCUGAAGGGUUACGCCGUCCAUGGAUUUCAAUGGACCCUCAUUCAACAAGACAAACGACUCAAUUUCGGUCAUCGCAGAGCGACAGAUCUUCGUGACCGCUUCCGAACAAAGUUUCCUCACGUCUAUCGAGAUGGAGGUUCUGUCAACGGCAAAGGACUUCAUCCUCCAGAACUGAGAACAGCAAACAGUGACCCUGGCCCUCGAGAUCGUCCUGCUAGCAGUAAUUCAACUCCCAUUAGGCCUCAGCCUCCCGCGCAUCGCUACUCAGACUCGCAGAUUCAUAGUCGCCAAUCUUCCAACGCCUCUCACACCAACGCAUUUGAUCCUUCGUUCCUACCGCCGCCGCAGGGCUUUCUUGAAUCCUCGGCCAAUGCAUUUCCUUUUCCCCUGGAUGAAAGCUCUGCUGCUCCAUCCUCUCCCUGGGAGGAUAAUACCCUUGCGCCAAUGGUUUGGGAUGAUCUGGAUAAUCCGGAUAAUCCGGAUAAUCCAUCCUGA